GCGCAAGUUCACCGUCAAAGUGAUAAUUUUUUUUAUUGGAUCUGCCAUUUUCUCCAUUAUAGAUUUUUUUCUUCAGGGUAAGUUAUGUGUGUAGAUUAUUGCUAUAUCCAUAAGUGGCGACCUCUUACAGCCUGGCUGGUGUAUUAAAAUGGAGCCCAAACAUUGGGCCCGGUAACCCGGCCUGGCACCCGCCACGACUGGACGCACAAUAAGGCACACAAUAUACCCUCUAGAUUGUAAGGCGAGCCGGGCGAUCACGGGAGUUGGGGGUGUCAAUACUGCCACAGAGGCGGCGUGCACACACCGCUACACCACAACGACCCCAGAACGAAACCCUGACCAGGUGAACAAAGGCGGACAUAAAAAGAUCGCCCGGUUUGCUUCUCAACUCGAUCGAUUUCAGGCUGACUGAAAAAAAAAUUCCGAUACGUUCAGUUGUAAUUCUACAUGCAAAUCUUUGUGUGGUGGGAUCAAAUCAGAGCGGAGAGGCUCUUCGGAUACUCGGCUUUGUUGUGUAUUUGCUGGUUGACUGAAUUCUGAUAGCCAUUAGCUUUGAGCGAUCGAGUCGCCCCACUCCUGGUAGCUGUGUGUAGUGCAGUCUAAGCAACACAGUGCUCGCCUGGACGUACGUAAGCCUACAGUGAGAACACCGGUCCAAAGACAGGAUUAUUUGAUCUGUGCAGACGGAUAGUGCCGGAUUAGUGAGAUUGCACUCCUGCAGGAUUGCUCCAGCCAGCGACUGUGCCCUCUUGUGGCUAUGGAGAUCUAAAGAGGACAAGCCUUACAGUGCCGGACCGUACAAUACAAUAGUGAGACAAACCCUUGCUGAGUUGGAUACUUUUGGAUUCUGUGUUGGUUGAAUUUAGGUGGUCUCACAUUCUUUUGAUAUACUACAAAACCCAGGAAUCUUGAACUUACCAAAGAUGUUGGUCUCAUCUUUGAUUUGCGACACCACACGACGAUGAAAGACAGAGUCGCUGGUCAGACCUGUGUCCACAUCAUCUAGGCAGCCCCACAAGACGACUUUGCGCUGGCCACCACAGCCCGUGGGUUUGUAAGAAAACUUUAGGAUAACAUAAUGGAGAAAAUAGCCCUGCCACCCCCGCCGUCCAAGAGACUGGUGAAGACAGCGCUACAUCAAGCAGUGUUAGAUGAGCGCUUACAUCAGGUUCGGCUUCUUGUGGACAAACAUGGAGUUGGCAUUGACACCAAGGACGUCCAUGGCAGAACGCCUUUGAUGCUUUCCUGUAUCAUAGACAACCAUGAGUUAGGAUACAGGAAGACGUGCUGGACAUUAAUGAACCAGAUAAUGACGGCAACACGCCACUACACCACGCCUCUACCUGCGGCAAUCCUCGCAUUGUGGACAUGUUGGCCAAGGCAUUUCAUAAGUUCGGCCUGAACGCUGACAAGAGAAAUAACUUGGGCUACACAGCUCUACUGCUGGCCUGUAAGAGCGGCCACUACGUGAGCGCACAUCUGCUGUUGACCGUGGCCAAGGCAUCCCCCCCCUGCCGCCACUCCGCGGCCCCUCGCUGCGCUGUCGUUUGAGCGUGAAGACAGCAUGUACCAGAGACCCUGGGUGCCCAUCUGUCGCCUGUACCGAGUGCCCAACCCUCACUUCUCGGCGGACAACUUCAAGCUGCCAGACAUCCUUCUUCCUCCACCGGGCAUCAGGAGUGAGCUCUUCUUGGAUGGGCUGGAUGCCCGCCAGAUAUUGCUGAACGAGAUCGAGCUGUCAGAAAGUAAGACCCGACCUGUCUCCACGAAGGCGACAUUGUCGAAGUGGAGCCAUCCUCCAACAGCCAAGCUAAGGAACAUCUCUCAGAGGAAUGCCCCGUCCUCUGCUUCCGUGCCCGACAUGGUGACGAUGUUCAAGAUGUACUGCGAGCAGUACCAGCCAGACUGGCGCACGAUGAACAAACAGAGGCGGAAGACGAUGGCCGUGGGUGGGCAAGGCAUGACGUCCAACAACAGCAACCACUCCUUCUCCGACAUAGCCGGGGCCGCCCAUGGAGAGGGCGUGGAGAUGCCUAGUUGAUUACGUGUUGACUGAUUUAUUGAGGGCUGUGUCGUUGUGAACUGUGACAUCUUUUUUUUUUUCAAUCUUAGUCUCUGAUGAGACGAUUGAUUAUAACUAUCGGACAAAACGUUGGUCAGCUGUUCAGAAAUACUAAGCUCAAAUUUCGUUUGCUUUUGUAUAAAAAUUUUAUUUUUUUUAAAGUAAAGUACAGCAGCUUUACUGGAACUGAUUGCAUGAGCUCAAGAAGCACAAUUUUGUCGAAAUUCAAAUUCUGUAUGUCAGAAAGCAAAAUUUAAAAAAAAGAAAUGAAAAA